AUGAACAGCGAGUCGAUGAUGGAUGCGAGUGAUGCCAGCCCGGAUGCGUCGCUCGACAUUGAUCAGCCGCCAACGUCCGUUAUUUCUCCAUACACCAUCAGUGAGACUUUAAAGCGAAUACGAUGUGCUGUUGAAGAACUUCACUUGGUUUAUGAACAAAUCGAUUGUAAAACAAUACCGGCACCAUUAAAUGGUAUUCUCUCAAAAUCAUUAAUUUUGUGCGUAGUAAGAAUGCCAAAUCAGAUUGAAAUAAGGAGGGAAAUUUUCGCUAGCUGA